GGCCGUGACAACAGUAGAUCCCGUUGUUUUGAAUCAAGGCUGUGUUGCUGGGGUCAUCUGAGCUACCAAGAGAUAUUUUGGAAAAGUCAGCGCAGCAUAGCUCGACAUUUGCGUCCUUCCGGAUCGAGUCGCUUUGAAAACGGCGGCUUGAUCUCGCUCCCGCAAAACCUCGGAUUAAAAAUUAGGUCGAAAGGGAUGCCGCUGCAGCUCAAGCCCGAUGGACGACACCAACCUCUGGACUCCAUUUCGUCACAUUUAAUCGGCAAGAGUAGUUUUUGUAUAAAGAGUCUUCGGUUAAGUUCCUGUUGGUCGAGUGUUGAAGAAAGAUGCACAGACUCUGUUGCGCAGUAAGAGCUCGGUGGUGAAGCCAAAGCGCAGAAGCUAGUGAGUUAGCCGCUAACGGUAGCAGCGGAAAAACAAAACAAAAGCGCCAAUCGUUGUGGAGCUCUCCCCAAAAGAAGAUUCUGAAGGCUGCGGGUCGAUAUUUGCUCUUUCUUUGUCGGAUUUGCCCGGACUUGUUCGAGACAGAGAUGAAACUGUUGGAGAACUCGAGCUUCGAAGCCCUCAGCUCUCGCCUGUGUGCUGAAACUGGAGAGUCUCGCAUCCUUGGCAGGAUCGAGAGCUACUCCUGCAAGAUGGCAGGUGACGACAAACACAUGUUUAAGCAGUUCUGCCAGGAGGGGGAGCCACACAUCCUGGAGGCUUUGUCUCCGCCCCAGUCCGCCAGCGCCACCAGCCCUUCUCAGCUGGGGAAGAGCAGCGAGGACGGGGAGAACCCUCUGAAUGACAAGUGUUGCAGGAAGACCCUCUUCUACCUCAUCACCACUCUCAAUGAGUCGUUCCGGCCUGACUACGACUUCAGUGCGGCACGAGCCCACGAGUUCAGUCGCGAGCCGAGUCUUAACUGGGUGGCCAACGCAGUGAACAGCAGCCUCUUCUCCACCGUGGGAGAAGACUUCAACUCUGUGCGCCCAGAACUGUGGAACGCCAUCGACCAGGAGAUCAACCUGCAGGGGUGCGACAUCUACAGUUACAACCCGGACCUGGACUCUGACCCGUUUGGUGAAGAAGGAAGCCUCUGGUCCUUCAACUACUUCUUCUACAACAAGAAGCUGAAGAGGAUCGUGUUCCUGACCUGCCGCUCCGUCAGUGUGCUGAGUGGCUACGGCCGCGACUGCAUGGACAACGAGCUGAAUAUGGAGCUGGACGAUGACGACGAGGAGGAGAUGGAGGGAUUCACUGAGGACAGGUUUCCGAGAGCUCUGUGUGUGUGAGAUUCCACGGCACAGAUUUCAAGUGGUCAAGUGAUGGCCACGCCUCCUCUUCUUCCAUCAUUCAUCAGCUUGUUCUCUCCUUUUCAUUGAAAUGCUCCUCAAGUCUCGCUGCAUGUUGGAGUCUGUUGGUAGAGCAGUGUGCGCCACCAUGAUGGGGAUUUUCCUGUGAAGCUCUUUUUCUUUUGCAACCUCCCAGCAUUGUUCCAGAGAAAGGCCAUGCCCCGGACUGAAGAGGGAUGCUCUUAUUUUGGGAGUUAGACUGUAGGCCCAUGAAGGUGUAAGGAGCGUUUUGCAGACCGUCGUUGCUGAACAAGAGCGAAGAACUUUUUGAGCCAAAAAAAUCCUUUCCAUGCAGAGUUCUGUGACUGUGUUAAGAUCCCUGAGCACUGAAUUUUGUGACGCAUUUAUACGCUUGGAAUUUUCUUACAGCUUCACUGGUGAAUUAAGAGCACAGUGCAGGAAACUACGCAGCUUUAUCCACCUUUGCUUUACUCCCGUGUUUGUCACUUUUGUUUUGAUGUUUGUUUCCCAUAUACAUGUUUUUAGAUGUCAGUUUUGUGUUCCUAUGGCUUCAAAGUGAAUGUACUGUUUAGCAAAAAAAUAACUAAAAACCAAAAAAAAACUGUCUUAAUGAUAUAUUUUUAGAAACUAAUUGUCUUUCCUGUGCUUUGAUUGGCUAAUAUAUUCCUCCUGUGAAUAAAACUGGUGUUUGCAUCAGAACACUGUUUCAUCACUAGAAAGAAAAGCGCACACACAGAGAGCGCAAAACUCCACUAAGCAGCUCCAGUCCACCGAUGACAAAGUAGCCUUAAAAAAAAGCCCCAGAUCUAAAAAUUUAAUUAUAUGUCCCAUGAUCCAUUUCACAUAUAUUGCCUGAUAAACUUGUCAGGUUAUUUUGGACGCAGACAAACCAACGCCGUCGAAAAAGCAUCCUCCUAAUAAAUUUAAUGCAGAACAUGAUGUAGACGGCACAUCACCACUGACAAGAUCAUCACGUCCCUUUUAGAAGUGUUUAAAAGUAGUUGGUUUUCAAGGUACAAAAAAAAAAAAUUCCAGCUCGCGUCCGUGAACACGAGGAUUGUAGCUGACUGUUGAAUGAACCACUUUGAAGUCUGGUCUGUAUGGUAAAAAGGGUUUAAACUGAUCCAUGCAUAGAUUGCGCCACAGGAUUUCCAAAAUCGAGUAAAAACAUUUCAUACACACACGCCUCAAACAACAUGGCUGUUAAGGCUCAGGGUCAAGAUUUGCUGAAAUAUCAAGUCACCUUUAAACAUUUACAGGUUUUGCUUCAACAGCGUAUAAAGACCAGCAAAAGUACGUACGUGGUCACUGGUGAGCAUCUUCAAGUGAAAAACUUCAAAGUUUGAUAAGCAAAAAAAAAUAAAAAAUGAACAUGAUCACAAAGAAUAUAAAAAUAUUUGGAGGAAAAUAAAGCAAUAAUAUUUAAAUGACACAGGAAAGGUUCUAUGGAGGCAUUAGAAGUAUAAAAAUAUUGUAAACCACCUGGCACCUGCCUUUUUUUCUCCAGUCUUGAAUAGACCCAACGUGUUAUUCUGCUCUGGUCCUUGUUUAAAAAUGUGACAUGAAAUGUUACAGUCAAGUAAAGCACCUUCUGUUUAGUGUAAGUUCAUGAUAAACAACUUAGUGUCAUUAACGGUGUUGAGGGGAAAAAAAACCCGCUGCUGAGCUGCUUACUUGAAGAAAUGUUCACCAAUUACUUCAACAGAAAUAGUGAACCGUUUUGAGAACUUUAGGGUUUAAAAAAACAAAAAGCAAAA